CAGGGCGAAUGACGCUAAUGACGCUUAAUUGUUAGAGACAAUAAAAAUAAUUAAAUUACUUAUUCAAAAUGAUUUCUCAAACUUUUAGGAGUGCAUUUCGUUUCCUAAAAAGUCAUCGAACUCGAAUAUUAUGUAUGCACAUUCGACAAUUAUCAUUUGAAACGCUUCGUUUUAGAAAGCCAAUUUUUUUUACACCUGGAUUAUCAUUAGGUUUAUGGGGUUUUGCCAAGAAAGAUGGUUCAAGUAAUGAUUUACGAAUUGAAAAAGCUGGUAUCAUAGCUAAAGCUGAUGCUCUCUAUGAAAAUGGUGAAUAUCAGAAACUGUAUGGAAUCCUAAAUAAUUAUAGAAAUAGUCAUGAUGAUGAAAUAUUAUGGAGGUUAAGUCGAGCUGUAUACAGUUUGGCUAAAACAGCUAGUGAUUCUGAAGCUAAAAAAAUGUUCAAUGAUGCUUAUGAUAUAAUUACUGAAGCUUUAUCUAUCAAUCCUAACAAUUGGGCUGUACACAAGUGGAUGGCGGUUAUAAUUGACAAGAAAUCAAGUUAUGAUGGUAUGAAAGCAAGAAUCAAAGAAUUAAAUCGCGUCAAGGAGCACAUGCUGAAAGCAUCUGAAUUAAAUCCUAAUGAUGCUACUGUACUUUAUAUGCUAGGGCAUUGGUGCUAUUCAGUGUCUGAUCUUGCUUGGUAUCAACGAAAAAUAGCUUCUACAAUUUUUGGCAAAGUUCCUGAUUCAUCGUUUGAAGAAGCUCUGCAAUAUUUUAAAGCUGCUGAAAAAGUAGAACCCAUGUUCUACGGUGAUAAUCUUCUGUUCCUGGGAAAAACGUAUUUGAAGCUGAAUCAAAAAGAUGAAGCAAUUAAAUAUUUGAAGAUGGCUGCUGAGUAUCCAGCCAAGAAUGAUGAUGAUCACAAGGCUAAACAGGAGGCAACGAAGAUUCUAGGAACUUUACAUUAAUUGAAGGAAGGCUGCUCAGACUGGUGUAUGAUUAAUGAUCUAAAAAUCAUUGGCAACCAACUUCGACACCAAGUCUCCAAUAUUAUUUGCACAAAAUAUACGUUGAUGGGGACGUCAUUCGCUAAGUCUCGACAAUGAGAACCUGAGGAGAAUGAACUCCACGUCUUCUGGGGAACAUUGGGAGCUUUUCAACAAGAAAGAUUGCUACAUCUAGGUACAAAUGCUAUCCAACUGGUGUUAAGACAUAAACUUACUUAGAUCAAGACUGAAGUUGGUUUAUGUAUCAGCUCAUGAUGACUGAUUGAAAGAAAAGCAAUAAUUGGAGUGUUUUCUUUGUUGGAAAGCUUCUAUUAAUUAGGAAGAUUAGAUAUUUUUUAAUUUUUAUAUUUUUAUAUAUUUUAUAUAUCCAUGGAAACAUUCUAAUACUGACAAUUAUGAUGAUGAAAGUGAGUUGAAUUGGACAGAGUUAUUUUUUUAUUUCAUUUUUGAAUGAAAGGUAAAUUAUUUUGGUUGUUAAUAAGAGUUCAUAAAUUGGUUGAUGAUAGAAAUCAUUGUUAAAUAUUUAUGAAAUUAUUUCAAAGUUCUAAAUUGUGCAAUAUUAAUUAAUAUUUAUAAUAAAAAGCAGU